GAAUCAACUAGUCAGGGAGCUGACUGACAGAGAUGUGUAGGUGUGAGCAGGGAGCAGUACUUGUGGCGGAAGGAACAUUUGCAAACUCAGUAAGGCCUAGGAGAAAAAAAAAAAUCAAUACUCUCGGUGUCCACAGUUCUCAGAAGCUGGGCAGUCUUGUGAGGAGUCACAGAAACCGGCCUGGCCUGGUGUCGCUUCCUCUUUCUGCUUCUCUGUUUCCUAACGACAACGUCAGCAUAAAUAGGAAGCUCCCGCGGCUCCCCAUCGCCUGGACACUCCGGCAGAAGAAGGCUCUGCUGUCCCACCACGAAGAGAGUCCCAGAGAGAGGAUUCACAAGAGCCGGGGACAUGGGUCUGGCCUGGCCUCCAGCCGGGGAAGAAGCCAAGAUUCCAAGCCAGUGAGGACCCCAGCCCCUGCCCAGCCCUGAAUCCACUUGUGCCGGCCACCUGCUUGCCCAGAGCUGCCUGAGAGAUGGUUGUGUCCCAGGGCCUGCUCCCUGUUGUCUUGCUGGCUCUGUUCUGGGGGCCCAGCGUGGCAGGGGCCCAUGAGACUGUCCCACUGCAGACCCUGAGCUGCUACAAUGACUACAAGAGCCUCAUCACCUGCAGGUGGGCAAACACUCAGGACGCCCAGGGGCUCAUCAACCUGACUCUCUACCGGAGGCUGAAUGAGGACCCUCCAAAGCCAGUGUCCUGUGAUCUCAGUAACGAGACGGCCUUGAUAGACCACCCCUGUCCCGCCUGUGUGUCCAGAAGAUGUGUCAUUCCAUAUGAGUUUUUCGUUAUUGCUGACAGAGACUACUUCUCAUUCCGACCAGACCGGCCCCUGGGCACCCAGCUCACCAUCACUCUGACCCAGCAUGUGCAGGCCCCGGCACCCAAGGACCUCCUGAUCAAUACUACCGGGGAGCGCUUCCUGCUGACCUGGACAGUGGCCCUUCUGGAUUCCCAGAGCCACUGGCUGUCCAACCUGGAGUAUGAGGUGGUCUACAAGCGGCUUCAGGACUCCUGGGAGGAGGCCUCCACCCUCUACUUGAGCUCCUCCCAGGCCGUCCUGGAGUCAGAACACCUCAUUCCCAGCAGCACCUACGUGGCCCGAGUGCGCACCCAUCUGGCCCCCAGCUCAGGGCUCUCGGGACGGCCCAGCCAGUGGAGCCCGGAGGUCCGCUGGCACUCGCAGACAGGGGACAAGGCCCAGCCCCAGAACCUCCAGUGCUUCUUCGAUGGGGCCGCCGUGCUCAGCUGCUCCUGGGAAGUGAGGUCCGAGGUGGCCAACUCAGUCUCCUUCGCCCUCUUCUACAAGGCCAGCCCCAACGCAGGGGAAGAAGAGUGCUCCCCAGUACUGAAGGAGGAGCUCCCUGGCCUCUACGUCCAGUACCGAUGCCAGAUUGCCGUGCCCGACCCCAGGAAGGACAGCCGGUACACCAUCUCCAUUCGGCCAAAGGAGGAGGAGAAGUUUAUAAAAAGCUCGGAAAACAUCCAGAUGGCUCAGCCGACACUCAAUGUGACCAAAAGCAGAGAUGGCUACACCCUGCACUGGACGGCACAGGAGAUGUUCUACAAGCACAUAGGUCACACCUUCCAGGUCCAGUACAAGAAGGCUACAGCCUCAAGGGAGGAGAGCAAGACAGAAACCCUCCAGAACACCCACAGCAUGUCGCUGCCGCCACUGGAGCCCUCCACCAGGUACCAGGCAAGAGUGAGGGUCAAGCCCACCCCCGGCGGCUAUGACGGCAUCUGGAGUGAGUGGAGUGAGGAGCUCUUCUGGGACACUGAAUGGGUGCUACCCAUGUGGGUCCUGGUUCUCAUCCUGGUCUUCACCACUGGGGCACUGCUCCCUGCCCUGCGCUGCUGUGGCAUGUAUGGGUACAGGCUGAACCAGAAGUGGGAGGAGAAAAUCCCCAACCCCAGCAAGAGCCACCUGUUCCAGAACGGGAGUGCCGGCCUCCAGCUCCCAGGCAGUAUAUCGGGGCUCAUCAGCAGGAGCCCCCCGCAUAAGGAGCCGCAGGGCAGCUUCAUCCUUGGGCUGGACAGCGCGUUCCCUGUAGACUACAGACACAGCGAGGUGUCGCCUCUCACCACGGAGGACCCAAAAGAUGCCUGUGAAUCACCAUCAGAGCCUGACACGACUCCAGCCUCCUUGGACCCGCACUCGGAGGAGGCCCCUGGCCCCCAGCUAGACCCAUCGGCCCCCGCAGGCAGGUCGGAGAGCCAGGCUUCCGGCUACGACUUCAAUGGCCCCUACCUGGGGCUCCCCCACAGCCACUCCCUGCCUGAUGUGCUGGGCCAGCCGGCACCCCCACAGGCAGGCCUGAGCCAGAAGCCGCAGCCUCCGGGGUCCCUGGAGUACCUGUGUCUGCCCGCAGGGGGGCAGGUGCAGCUGGUCCCGCUCGCCCAGGUGAUGGCCCAGGGCCAGGCCAUGGAUCGGGAGGGGAGCCCUGACCCGGGCAAGGAGGGGAGCCCCUCCCUGGAGUCAAGGGCAUGCCCCACCCCUUCAGCGCCUGGGUUGAUGGUAGGUGGUCAAGACCCAAAGAACAGCCCCAACCCGAAGGAUGGGACACUUGCAGCUCUGCCCACUGGCUCUGGGGCCCAUGAGGAUGGUCUUCUGGCCUCUGGCUAUGUCACCACUACAGACCUAGCACUCCCCUUGCCCACGGGGCUGCCAUCUGCCUCCACAGUUCACCUACUGCACCUGCCCACAGACCAGAGCCACAGCCUCCGUCCUGGAGUGGCUGGUGGGUCCCAUGCAGUCCCAGGCCCCGUGAAGCCAGAAGUUGAGGGCUAUGUGGAUGUCCCUCCAACCCCAGGCCAGUCUCCUAAGUCCCCUCUGGGCAGUCCUGCCCUUCCUCCAGCCAGCAGCCCCACCCUAAGCCCAGGGGAGCCCAGAGCAGAGGGGGUGCCCCCCUCCCCAUACCCCGAGGGGCUCCUGGUCCUACAGCAGGUGGGUGACUACUGCUUCCUCCCUGGCCUGGGCUCUGGUCUUCUCUCACCCCAGACAAAGCCCUCUUCCCCAGGACCCUAUCCUGAGAUCGGGGACCCCGACCAGGUGUCCCAGGCCAAGAAGGCCCUGGGCCAGGCCAUUCCCCAGAUGCCAGCCAUCCGGCACUUCAAGGCCCUCAAGCAGCAGGACUACCUAUCACUACCGCCCUGGGAUGUCGGCAGGCCUGGGGAGGUGUGCUGACACCUUCGAGCUCCUGGGGGACUGAGUGGAAGUUCUGUCUCCCCUUCCACUGGUCCCUCACCUCAUCCGCACUCCAUUCUGCAAAGCUGCAUUGGGGCUUCUGAGUUGGAGCAGAUAGAGGUGGGGAAAUGAGUCGGCCUCCUCUCUUCUAACUUGACCUUCAGCCAAUCGAUUUUCCUCUCCCCACUGCCUCCCUUUCUCUCUCACAGACAGGCGGACACAGACACGUGCACAUGUUUCUUUCAUGUUAACUUACUUUUAGGGUCCAAAGUAUUAGAGCUUCCUGUAUACCCAUUCUAUUUGCCCCUGAUUUUUUGUUUUUUGUUUUUGGGGGGUUUUAUGUUUUUUGUUUUUGUUU